GCCACAGCAACGCCAGCUCCUUUAACCCACUGCACAAGGUCAGGGAUUGAACCAGAGUUUUCAUGGAUACUAGUUGGAUUCAUUAUUGCCAAGCCACAACAGGAACUCCUGGAUUCCUUUGGAUCCUGGCCUGUUUAUCAAGUGUUUUGAAAGAACCACAAAUCUUCCUUUUAUGUGCCUAUACUGCCACAAUUGUAAGGUCACUUAAUGCAGCUUUAUCUGUUGUCAAGUCACUAAUUCACAAAGUGAAGUUCACUGAUGUAUGGAGGAACUUAAAAACAUAGCUCAAAAGCUAAAAUAAAUAAAUAAAUAAAUAAAUAAAAUAAAAACUUCACUGCUAUCACAGUAAAAUGUAAAGAAGAGAAGAUCCGAGGGGAUCUAGAGACCGAUGAAGGAUUAUUUGAAGGUUAGUAGGGAGAAAAAUUUCCUACUCAAAGAUGUUAACGCCAACAAAAGGGAACUUCAUUGGUUGAAUUAUAAUAACAGAUAACUGGAAAAAUCGCAGUGUGUGAUUUUUAAGCCUAUGUUUGGAAGCUACAUAAGUAACAACAAUGCCUGUAGUUAAACCCCAAUGAAGUCAUCCUUGCUACAUUAUAUCAGAUCACAAAAACAAGAGUCUUCCUAAUCAACUCAAAGCAGUGUUUCCAAAAUACCAACAAUGUGUAAGGUGCUGUGCUAAUUGUAGUGAAAAAAAAUUUUUUUUUCUUUUGCCUUUUAGCGCCACACUUGCAGCACAUGGAGGUUCCCAGGCUAGGAGUCAAAUUGGAGCUUCAACUGCUGGUCUGCACAACAGCUCACAGCAAUGCCGGAUCCUUAACCCACUGAGCAAGGCCAGGGAUCGAACCUGCACCCUCACGGAUACUAGUUGGGUUCGUUAUCGUUGAGCCACAGUGAGAACUCCAAAAAAAACUUUAAAUAAUAAUAAAAGCACAAGAUGUCCCAGCAUUUUGAAUAUUUUAAAAAACUUACUGAAUGAGACAGGAUCAAUUAUAUAUGAACUGAAAGAGCCAAAUAAAUGGGAAGAAACUAAUACCCCAGUCAGAAUCAUUAUGUUUGCCAUAGAUACAGACUGGUAAGAUUUGGUAAAUUUUCAAUUUACUAUUUAUGCAGUGGAAGACUAUUUUCUUCACAUUUCACCAAUGAUGUAAAUGAAAACAGUAUCUUCGAUGUUACCACCUUAAAAUUCUAAAAUUAAAACAUUACCCUGUAUGUGAAACAGGAGGCUAGAUCAAAAGGAUUCUCAAUUUUUAAAAAAUCAAAGAUAUUUUUAAGUAAGGGAGAAAAAGUGAAUUCAGUUCCUAAUUUCUGGAUUUAAAGAAAAAAAAAUGAAUAUCUUGAAGAAAGAAGUCAAAAAGCACCUCAGUUUCCUGGGCAAAUGCAAAUAAAGAAAACCAUAACCACAACCACCCAACACCAAUCAGGGUGGUGUUUCCUUGUAGGCCCUUUCUGAGGAUUGGUAGAAACUGUAUUUUUUUAAUCUUUGUUUUUAUACUUGUCCGAAGAUCUUUUAAGGCAGGAGGUGGGGCAGGGAGAAGAGGUGGGCACUGUAUAAAAGAAGCUGCCUUGCAAUUUCUAAAAUUCAUACAAAAACUUCCUAGGUAAGGAAACUUACCAGAUUUGGCACCUGAUGGAAACAGUGAUGGACCCAGAAGCAACCUCAGUGUAUUUGGAUUAUUCCUACAUUACAAGCGAAAAUCCUGAUAUUGAGGAGGCCCCCUCCCAUCUUCCUUAUACAUCAGUCUUCCUGCCCAUCUUUUACACAGCUGUGUUCCUGAUUGGAGUGUUGGGAAACCUCAUCCUCAUGAGCGCACUGCAUUUCAAACGGGGCAGCCAAAGACUGAUCGACAUCUUUAUCAUCAACCUGGCUGCCUCUGACUUUAUCUUCCUCAUCACGUUGCCUGUCUGGGUGGAUAAAGAAAGAUCUUUAGGAUUGUGGAGGACAGGCUCUUUCCUAUGCAAAGGCAGCUCCUACGUGAUCUCAGUCAACAUGCACUGCAGUGUCUUCCUACUCACCUGCAUGAGUGUUGAUCGCUACCUGGCCAUCGUGUGCCCAGCCAUAUCCAGGAAACUCAGAAGGAGAGACUGUGCGUAUGGAGUUUGUGCCAGUGUUUGGUUUAUCUCCUGCCUCCUGGGGUUGCCUACUCUUCUAUCCAGGGAGCUUACCCUGAUUGAUGGUAAGCCAUACUGUGCAGAGAAGAAGGCCACUUCAAUUAAACUGACUUGGGCCCUGGUGGCUUUAAUUUUUACCUUUUUUGCACCUUUGGUGAGCAUGGUGACCUGCUAUUGUUGCAUCACAAGGAAGCUGUGUGUCCGUUACCAGCAGUCAGGAAGGCAUAACAAAAAGCUGAGGAAGUCCAUAAAGAUCAUCUUUAUUGUCGUGGCAGCCUUUGUCUUCUCCUGGCUGCCUUUUAAUACUUUCAAGCUCCUGGCCAUUGUCUCUGGGUUGCAGCAAGAACUCCACUUUUCUUCAGCGUUUCUCCAAUGGGGCAUGGAGGUGAGUGGGCCUUUGGCAUUUGCCAAUAGCUGUGUCAACCCUUUCAUUUACUAUAUUUUUGACAGCUACAUCCGCCGGGCCAUUGUGCACUGUCUGUGCCCAUGUCUGAAGAACUAUGACUUUGGGAGCAGCACUGAGACAUCAGACCUCACCAAGGCUCUCUCCAACUUCAUUCAGGGGGAAGAUUUUGCCAGAAGGAGGAAGAGGUCUGUGUCGCUCUAAAAGAGACAGUGACAUUUCAAGCUCUCUUGGUGGAUUAGAGAGUUAAUUUGUGUCAGUGACAAAGAGAGAAGUGAGGUAUUCAUAUUGCUUCAUAAAUAUAAGGAAGAGUUAAAUUUUAAAGAAAUGAAUAGAAAGUCCCUAUGUCUGUGGAUAUAAUUAGGCCAUAAGUUGGUUUCCUUUAGCUGAGAGACUUUAUGUGAUCCUUGCCAAUCAAGUUCACCAGGCAAAAUACAACUCUUAAGUGUCCUUGAACUCUGAGAUAAAGUCUCCUGCUUGGACCAGAUCCGUUCUUCAUGGUUGUUAAUUCAUGUUGAAGCCUUUUCCUCCCUCAGGAACCGGAAGUCACAUCAUCCUUUAUACACCCCAAAUUGGACGACAUACAAAGGAUUCUGCCUAUUUAUAUCUGGUGAGAAAUGUGGUGACAAUGAAAGUAGUAAAUAAUGUAAUAUACCUGUGCUCAGUAAUUAAUUGUUUCUGAGUAAUGAAGUGAGGUUCUGGCCUUAACCUUUAAAGGUUUGUAUGGUGAUUCUAUACCAUCUUCCAACAUUGUCUUUUACCCUACACCAUUCACAAUGACAUUGGACUGGUGAAAGCUCAUGGGGAUAAAAUUAUUUUGUAUUGUGUUUCUGAUUUGGGACUUAACUUUAUCACUUUGUCUUCAAGAGUAUUUUAACAAGAAAGCCUAAGACAAUAUUUGACUUAUUUUCCUUAUAAGAUAUAUUGGUAAAAAUGGGUCUCAUGAUAAUGGUGGAGUAACAAUUUCUCAAUGAGGUUUUCCUAUCCUUUUGUUUGUAUUGCCUUUAUAAAUUAAGAUAGGACUUUGCUCUAAUUACAUGUUUUUAAUUACCUAGCUAUCUAAUUAUCAAAUAAAAAUGUUACUACUACUGUAAUUGAAGGUCAUAAAAUGCUUAACUAUAACCUCUGCAGAUUAUUAUUUUGUAAUUUAAUUAAUGUUAGUACUACACGUUCCUUAUAGCAUUAUUUGCUUGAUGUAUGUAAUUUCAAGAUUUGAUCCAAUAAGAUAGUAAGGCAGAAUGCUCUGUAUUCAGCUGAAGUGAAAAAUCCAUAACAAAGAGCUACUCGUAUUUUAUAUUCAUUUUUCCAAACCCAGAGACUUUCCAGAAUUCAGAAUUUACCGAGUUGAUUUGUAAUUAUGUUCCUUUUAAAGAAUUUGAAGUAAAAAAUGAAAUUAGAAGAAACCACAGAAGGCUUCGCAGCAGCAAACUUACUAUUAUAAAUAUCUUUCAAUUCAAGAUAAAGUGGGUUAUGUUUUUACUCUCACUGUGGACUCAAAUGAAGUACUAUUCUACUUCGAAAUAAUACAUUUGAAAAUCAGAGAAAGCUUAGAAUCUUAUCAGAGACUAGGUAAUUCAAGCUUAUCCUAUGUAUCUUUGAUGUUAAGGGAAAUCUCAAAUAUUGGACAUCUUCUCAUAUUAUAGUUUAUUUAGAAGUUUUUGGUUUUAUAAAUUGGUUAAUUUGUUAAUUUCUCUUAAACUUUUAUUAAAUAAAAUAUAAUUUCCUUA